CCCCCUUCCCCGCACCGAGCGCCCGGCCUGAGCCCCGGGCAGGGCCAGCGGGGGUCCCGGGCGAGGGCGGAGGGCGCGCGCGCGGCGGGGCGGGUGACCAGGUGGACCGGCAGGGCCGGAAGAGGGCUCGGAGUUGGCGGGCGGGCGGGCGGCGCCGGAGGCAGGUGCCAGCGGGAGUGGGCGGGGGCGACCCGGCGUCACCCUCCUCCGGGGGCCGGGCGCGCACACCAGCUCGGCCCGCGGAGCCGGGGGCACGGGCGUCCCCGCCGCCCGCAGGAGGAGCCCGAGCGACCGCAUCCUCCGGAGAGACGCCCCGGGCUCCGCAGCCGCCCUCCCCCUCCUCCGAGAGGCGAGCGCCGCCCGUCCCCGCGCCCCGAGCCUCCACCUGCCGCGGACUCCCGGGCGGCCGGGCGCGGGGCAGAGAAGGUGCGAGAAACAGGGGCCCGGGAGACAGCGGCCCCCGGGGACCACUCCGCGCGGAGAGGGGACGCCCUUCCACGCCGCCAGCCCCCGCGCGUUCGGCGCCCCGGCCCCGAGUUCAAGGGCCACCGCCCUCGGAGGGGCCUCUCCGCGCGGGGAGCGCCCCGGCCCCGCGGACCCCGGCCCGUCCCGGGGCUCCGGCGCCUCGCCCCCCACCCCCCCGCGGCGGGGCCAUGCCGGGGCUGCGCCGGGACCGCCUGCUGACCCUGCUGCUGCUGGGCGCGCUGCUGGCCGCCGACCUCUACUUCCACCUCGGGCCCCGGGUGCGGCGCCGGCUGCGGCCCCGGGAGCGCCCGCCCGGCUGCCCGUGCGCCCGCCGCGCCGCCCCCUCGGCCCCCCGGCCGGCCGCGCGCCACGUUCCCCCGGCCGAGCCGGACGGCGGCGGCCCCGGCUCCAAGCUGCGGGCCCUCUUCGCGCACCCGCUGUACAACGAGCCGGAGGAGCCGCCGCUGCUGGGGCCCGAGGACUCGCUCCUGGCCGGCCCCGAGGCGGUGCGCUAUUACCGGAGGAAGGUGGCCCGCUGGAACAGGCGACACAAGAUAUACAAGGAGCAGCUGAAUCUCACUUCCCUGGAUCCCCCGCUGCAGCUCCGCCUGGAGACCAGCUGGGUCCAGUUCCACCUGGGGAUCAGCCGCCACGGCCUGUACUCCCGGUCCAGUCCUGUCGUCAGCAAACUUCUCCACGACAUGAGGCACCUUCCCACCAUCAGCGCUGACUACAGUCAGGACGAGAAAGCCUUGCUUGGAGCCUGCGACUGCACCCAGAUCGUGAAACCCAGCGGGGUCCACCUCAAACUGGUUCUGAGGUUCUCGGACUUCGGGAAGGCCAUGUUCAAACCUAUGAGACAGCUGCGAGAUGAAGAGACGCCCGAGGACUUCUUCUACUUCAUUGAUUUUCAGAGACACAACGCUGAGAUUGCAGCUUUCCACCUGGACAGGAUUCUGGACUUCCGACGGGUACCACCGACCGUAGGGAGGCUAGUCAAUGUCACCAAGGAAAUCCUGGAGGUCACCAAGAAUGAAAUCCUGCAGAGUGUUUUCUUUAUCUCUCCAGCCAGCAACGUGUGUUUCUUCGCCAAGUGCCCGUACCUGUGCAAGACGGAGUACGCCGUGUGCGGCAACCCGCACCUGCUGGAGGGCUCGCUGUCCGCGUUCCUGCCGUCCCUCAACCUGGCCCCCCGGCUGUCCGUCCCCAGCCCCUGGAUCCGCUCCUACUCGCUGGCGGGCAAAGAGGAGUGGGAGGUCAACCCUCUUUACUGCGACACGGUGAAGCAGGUCUACCCGCACAGCAGCAGCGGCCGUCUCCUCAACAUCAUCGACAUGGCCAUCUUCGACUUCCUGACGGGGAACAUGGACCGGCAUCACUACGAGACGUUCAGCAAAUUUGGGGACGACGGCUUCCUGAUUCACCUGGACAACGCCAGGGGGUUCGGACGGCACUCCCACGACGAAAUCUCCAUCCUCUCGCCGCUCUCGCAGUGCUGCCGAAUAAAAAGGAAAACACUCUCGCACCUGCAGCUGCUGGCCCGAGCCGACUACAGACUCAGCGACGUAAUGAGGGAGUCGCUGCUGCAAGACCAGCUCGCCCCUGUGCUCACAGAGCCGCACCUCCUCGCCCUGGAUCGCAGACUCCAGACUGUCCUCAGGACCGUGCGGGGCUGCAUAGAGGCCCACGGAGAGCACAGCGUCGUGGCCAACGGCCCCACGGGACAGUCGGCCCCAGACUCCGGCCCCAGCUAGGGGCUGGACGAGUCCAACCUCGGAAACUACGCCUGGAGCCCGCGGUGGACUCUGGAGUGUGGACCACAGUGUCCUCGCGGGCCCCGGCCAGGCUGGGGCCUGGCUCAGGAGCUCAGGAAGCAGGCAGGGCACUGGGAUGAUUCCCAAAGAGCAAAAGAAGUGGGACCCACUGCACUUUCCUCCUUGGAGCACUGCCCUGGCUCCUUCUCUCCCCAGAAGCUCUGCUUCAAGGCCACACACCACCUGCUGAGCCCACUGGGAAAUCUGGACGCGGGACCGGCCUGGAAGCCUGGCUCCCAGGAGAGAGCAUUAACUGUAACAAAUAAAAUUACGGGACAUCAGAUGGACACACCCAGAUCUUUAUUAUAUCUACAAGGAUAAUUCCCGAUCCAGAUUAAUAAACAUCUGGCAUCUCACGAGCAGACCAAAAAAAAAAAAAACCUAAAUAUGGUAACUCUCCAACUGGUUCAAAGUAGUCUGCACACUUUCUAUUCAUAUUCUAAGCACUGUGGCCCAGUCUGAACACAAUAAUCCCUACUGACUGGUCCUAAAGUAAUUUCUCAGAAGUGUUAUUACAAGAGGUGAAAAUAACAUAGGAAUUUGCUCAGAGUAUCAGAAAAGGGAUAUUUCAAUCCGAAGAGUAAGCAUCAAUUGAAGUAACAUCAAGGCUGUCAAAGCUAGCAUCCAGUAACAACAGAAGGCAGAACAAGGGUGGCCCUGAAGGUGGGACAGCAGCAGAAUGGGUCCAGCAGGCACAUGAGCCUGCACCGAGGCAGCAGAACAGCCAGGGCCGACCAGGGCCCACCAGUGGCAGCCCUCCUCCCCCUAAGGUUCAGGAGUUGCCCCCACCCACCCCCAAGAGGAGCACGGCUACCUGGGGCAGUCUGGCACUCUGGAUGCCACUACCCUCCACUGCUCACUCGGAAAGGACUAAGUCAAGUUUACUUUCCAAGCCUCCCUCAAAAGUGGGCAUCUCAGGGGUUUCCUGUCUCUUCAGCCUCCUCCCUGCUGACCUGCUCGUGUCUGAAUAGGAGGCUGUUUCUUAUUCAACAAUCCAUGAAAACACACGGGAUAGGCGUGUAUUCACAUUAAUCACUCAGCAAGUAAAAACGGCUGAUUUCAUCAGCUCAGCUUUUCUGGUACAGGCCAGAGGCACAAGUACCAGUACGAGCGGGGUGGGAAGAAGCUGUCGCUAAAGUGGGUAUCGGGUCAAGAUGCCUCUAGACGUCAUCCGAGACUUCUGCCGUGUGCCCAGAGACAGAGGUGCUUCUGGCCCACCCUGGCUCCCCCCAUUACUCGUACACUGCCCCGAACCUAUGUCCCCAUGAUACUAACAUCACUUCCAUUCACGGAGCUCCUUCUCCAUGUGCGAAAAUCAAACGCAGGCUUCCAAUCCUCCCCGACAGGCAGAACCCCUGACCCCCAGUGUACCUCCAAGAAAACUAAGGCUCAGGAAGGUUAACUAAAAUCACGCAACUUAAUGAUUCAAAACUAUCCCAAAGCGUUCUUUCCACUGUAACACAAAAACUCAACAGUAACUCACCCAAUUUAUGAAGUUGUAUUCGUUGGCUUUAAAACAAAAAUCAGUCUUUAAUAGAGGAACCUUAAUCCCAGAGCCUUGCGUUACUGCGGUGUCUCUACUGCCGCUCAGGGCCUCCCACUUCACAAACGGUUUCUUCUACUUCAAGCCUACAUUUCCUUUUGGAGGGGGAGCCAGGUAAUUACACACAGUGGGAAGAGAGGAAAAUAUUCAGGCGAAGGUGUUCAAAGACUUGCAUAAAAUGGUCUGAAAUUCCAAACUGCAGAGCCUCAGGAAGGUAAGUCCAGCUCCACCUUAACCCAGCCUCUUCCGUGACAACGGACUAGUUUUCAGAUGGCCUAUAAUAAAAAUGCUGGCGUCCUUUACAGACUGAGAGUAACAGAACUGAGUUUGACCACAGUAUGUCGCGUACCUAGAUGUCUCAUUAUUCACCCAUCCAUUACUUUUUCACUAAUACCAAAAUUAAGCCUCUACCAUUUGUCAAAAAUACCAGAAAACAAAAGACCCCAGUCUUAGAACUAUCAAGUUCUUCCAACACGUUCAUUUUGGACCACUGUUCAAUAUUCCACGACAAUAAAAACUCUCCUGUCUCUAUGUAAGAACUUUUCAUGUUUAGUUUUAGCAAACUAAAAAAUGAAAGGGAACGGACAGCCCACGAGCUGGUGGAGAAAGGGGUCUGGAGGAACUCACUUAGCCUCCCCCAAAGUCAGGAGGACAAUCUGAGUCUGAAGACGGUAAAAAGGGUAGUUGAUUCUCUUAUCUGUGGUAGUUUUAUGGUUGAUGAGGUCACCAAGGACACGGAAUUGGCGGAGACAACCAUCUGCCCCUAGAAGAAAUACAGGGUUGUAGGUUCCUGUGAGCUGAGCCUCUGGUGACAUUUCUGUCAACCAACCAAUAACGAUCUCGAGUCCUGUGUUAUGGUGUGUUGAAGACACCUCAGUUAGCAUCCACUGCUGCUUCACGGACACUGAGCUCGGCCAACGGCGCUGCCGCUCACGCCUGGGAGAAGCUGGCUCACACACACCCCUCUAGAGACACGCCACCGCCUUCUCGCCCUCGGGACCCCAGCCAGGGCACGAGCACUCCCUGGGGGCCACUUUAAAUAGAGAAAUCACUAACAGGAAGUACAAAAAUGCAAAAAAGUGGCACUAAAUAGACCAAAACAAGGGCGCCUGAUUUCAGCUGAAACUAGAAGGCAGAGUGGGCCUGGUCUGACCUCCGCCAGGCACCUGCGUGUCGGGAGACGCGGGCCCCUCUCCACUCAAGUCCGGGAAUGACUGUGACAGUGCCGGGAGUACUGAUCUGGGGGGUUACAAAUGAAUUUCAGCAAGUACGCAAAUUUGCAAAGUUCGCAAAUACAGCAUCCGUGAAUAAUGAGGACCAACUGUAACUGACUUUAAGGCUAACAAAGAUGAUAAAAAGCCCUCCAUCUAGUGGUGACUUAGAAAACCACAAAGCUAUUUAAGCUACACUGGCAGAGAGCUUUCGCACAACGAAAACAUUCUGCUCAUUAGUGGUCUGGGUUUUUAGGCAGCAUCAGGAUGAAGUCACAGCUCUGGACUUCUGUCAGUACACAAAUUUCAACUUUGUAUGUACACAGUAACACUGACUGCUGUGUGAAAUUCCUUAGGGUAAGAAGGGAGAGAUUUACCAUUCUCCCUUUUAUGUUCUCCUCUCCACAGUCUUUACUGAGGGCUAUUAUGAUGGUGAUCGACACACUGCUUCUCCAUGUUGUUUUAGUUUUAGCCCAUCUAGAAGUACACUGCCAGGGCCUAACAAAAAAUACAAAAAGGGUUCAGCUGUUCAUCUGUGGUUGGAGAUAAAGCAAUAUUAAGAAAACUAACAUCAUACUACUUCAAUUUUACACUGUCAAUAUUUAAGUCAUUAAAAAACAAAAAGGGAUUUCAUAUAAGCCAGUGUUUUAGAGGGAAAAUUAAACUACAACCAGUACAGUCAACCCAGGAAAAUUUUCUUCAAUUAUAUUCUGUUGUGACUCAAAAGGUUCCAACUCCAGCGGGUUGAGGGAGGGGAUUACUGAAUCUGGACAAAGUGCAUGUGUUACAAAGCAGCACAACUUAAGCAAUGUUCUAGGCAGUACAACAUUAUCUCCAACUUCACUGGAUAUAAAGAAAUUAAUUCCAAUAUGCUAAUGAAUUCAAUUUAAUCAUCCCCCCCUCAGAAAUCUGAGAAAUAAAUGUUAGAAAUGACUUUAUAUGCAUGCAAAAUAUAGAAGCAUACCUAAAUAUAUGAAUGCACAUAUUAAAUUUAAACCAAAGAGCAUGCUGACCUAGAAAUGACAUUCCCCCAUUGAGUCGGGGAAAGUUCCAAAGCCAGAGAACCAGUCUACCCUCAAUAAAAAGGAAACCUUUGACUUUUGAUUUAAUCUUUUCUUUCCAUUGCUCAGUACAGAUCUGCUACAUCUCAAUUACCCUUAAAGUAAGGUUUUUAGAUUCAUUCUUUGACAAACUGAAUUGGAAAACACUGAAAACAAACAUAUUAUUCUUUCAAAACACCGAUCCCCUAAUUCACUUUCGAUUUUCAUUCGUGCCCACCAAUUAGCAGCUUCGGGGGCUCGGGGGAGAGGGAGAAGAGAAGCGAAGGAGAAAGGGAAGAAAAACUGAUUCGUUAGAGAAUUAAAUUAUUUAAUCUUUUUUAUUACUUGACCUACCAUUAAGACAAUCUAUAACAAAGAGAAGAGGGUGUAUCAGCACACACAGUAUAAUCAGGCUAGGGACCAGGAAACAAUACAAAAUGGUCCUUUGGCCACCUAUGCUUCCUAGAGCAGUGGAGCUCAUAAACCCACUCACCAAGCCCAGAAAUAAUGCCUUCUGAAGCCCUGAAUAUCCACUGAGACAAAUGAUGCCAAUCGUGAUUUCUCACAUAGACUGCACAAAGAUAAAGCUUUAAAUGUGAUCAUUUUUAAAUUCAGACUUAAAUUUUCUUAGAUU